GCAGCAGCAGCAUCUGGGCGUGUUUGUGUAGGGGGGACCGCCGGGUGGUGUAUAAGCGCGCGGCGGACUCUCCGCGGGCUUCCCUUCGCGUCGCCUCUCCGCCGGGAUGCCGUCCGACCUGCCGGUGCACGUCGCCAACUUCAGCACGCUGCUGGUGUGCAUGGUGCUGAAAUUCCCGCAGAUCUUCGUGCUGGUGCGGGCGAAAUCCACGGCGGGGCUCAGCCUGAACAGCCUGCUGCUGGAGCUCACCGGGUUCAUCGUUUUUGUCACGUACCAGAUGUACUACAAUUACCCACCUCCGACAUACCUCGAAUACCCGAUCCUCAUCGCUCAAGAUGGCGUCCUUCUGCUUUUGAUUCUCUACUACAAUGGAAACCUGCGGCGCAGCCUCGUCUACGCCUUGGUAUUUGUUGGGGGCUGGCAGCUCCUCACUGUUCAGAAAUGGAUCAUAGACUUGGCCAUGAGCCUCUGCACAUUUAUCAGUGCUGCCAGUAAGUUUGCUCAGCUGCAGUCCCUGUGGAAAUCCAAAGACUCUGGGCAGGUGAGCGCCCUCUCCUGGGCCAUGGCCGCCUACACCUGUAUAGCACGGAUUUACACAACUACUGUGACAACUGGAGACAUGCAGGUUCUGGUCCGCUUCAUUGUCAUGACCUUGCUGAACCUGUGGGUGCUGGCUACCGUGCUCCACUACCGAAGAGACGGCAGCUCCAAGAAAAAGAUUUAAGCAAGCGAAAGUCAGAUACCCGUUUGUUUUUUUUUUGUUUUUUUACCACAUUGACUGUCGUAUUUUUACAACUUUUUUACGUCUUCCAGCUCCGUCAGACAGAUUAAGACAGUUAAUGGCAUUUCUGCAAACCACCUUUGUGAUACUGCCCUUUCUACAAUGUGAUUUUUAUAUUGCUUUUACCUCAGUAUUGUACCCACACACGCGCGACACAACAUUCCAGUGACUAAAACCGACGAGAAUUUAGUAAAAUCGUGACCAAUUUUUCUUUUAAAUGUGUAGUAUAUUUUGGACCCGUUAUCUGAGAUGCUGUAAUGGCCGUGUCUGCCAGCUCAGGAUGAGAAAUACUGUACUUUUAUAAAUGUUCUUAAGCAAAAAUUAAACCUUGUUC